AACAGAAAUUCCACAACCCAUUAUCGGGAAUCGUGACUAGGGCUGAAGAUUUCUCUGCAAAAUAACUUCUCAAAAAGAGAGAGAGAGAGAGAGAGAAUGGAGAAAGCACUUGUGAAAAUGGGGAGCUUAAAAGCUGGAAGCUUUUGGCUGUCGAAGAAAGCUAAGGAAGAGCUGAACAACAUUACUCAAGACCUAACUACUGUUUCUAACGUUGUUGAGGAGAAGGCUAAAUGGAUAUUCAACAAGCUUAAAGGACAGCCUCCAAGAAGCUUGUCUGAUCUCCUGCGACAACACAAUCUGCCAGCUGGCAUUUUCCCUCAGAAUAUAACGGGAUACGAGUUCGACGAGACGAAGUCGAAGCUAGUAGUCCACUUGCCCUUUGCAUGUGAAGUGAGCUUCAAAGACUCGUCCGUAAUAAGAUACGCCACUCGUGUCAAAUGCAUUCUACUAAGGGGUAAGCUAAUGGGCAUAGAAGGCAUGAAAACGAAGGUCUUAGUCUGGGUCAAGGUAACAAACGUGGCUGUCGAGGGCAACAAGUCGGAAAAAGUUUCUUUCACAGCCGGUGUUAAAAAAUCGAGGCCGGUAGAUGCUUAUGUUGUAACUCCCGCAGCUGUGAGAGUCGAAGAAUUUUGAUGUCUCGUUUUUUUUUCAGACAUUAGUAGGACAUUGCUAUGUCGAAAAUUUUGGCUGUUGGUAGUCUCGUUCGUCGUCUCUUGUCUGAACAAUGAAUCUAGUUUAGUGUACUUUUGUUUUGGUAUGUUAGGAGUUUGAUGUAUUGGUUUAGUUCUUGAUAGGUUGGAUUUGUUUUUAAUCCAAGAUUACUCAAUGAGAUGAGAGCCAAUAAUAUAAUUUUUCUAUAAUU